UGGAGAAAGUUUGAGUAAUCUCAGGGUUCACACACGAAUGAAGAAAUGAAAGAACCCUGUAAAAAAAGCAAUUGUUAGAACAUUGACUUCAUUUAGGGAGUUACUGUACCUAGACCAGAAAAGCAUUCUGAGCUAGUAAAAGUUCGUGUACUUCCUGUUUCCUACCUAAUGCAUUGUGGAACUAAGGUCAGAGAAGUCAUUGGGGUAGCAGACUCUUAGAAUAUCUAUAAUGGGAGGGCUUAGAAGAAUGCACCAAAAGGAAAUGUUUGCCCUGAGUCAAACCUGACAGGUGUGUGUGUGUGGUAGGGGGGUGUUGACUAUUUUUCUUCUUUUCUGUGUGAUCUUAUGUUCCUCUGAGUAAUAGCAUACAGGCAAAUAGGAUUUUGUAUGAUGGUUUCUGUGGGGAAGUGCUUUCAGGGCUCUUGGAGACUGACAGAAUUUUGGAAUGUACCCAUAAAUUGGGGACUACUAUAAACAUUUAUUUGUAAUUGACAGAUAUUAAUUAAAAUUGUUCUAUGAGAAAAAGAUUGAUUUCUUAUUUUAAGAAAUGGAGCUGGGUAUGGUGGUGCAUGCCUGUAAUCCUAGUGACUCAGGAAGCUAAAGCAGGAGGAUCACAAGUUCGAGGCCAGACUGGGCAACUCAGCAAGACCCUGUCUCAAAAACUAUAAAGCACUUGGAGAUGUACCUUACUGCAUUAGACUAAAAAGAUGUCCCUGUAUGAUGACCUGGGAGUGGAGACCAGUGACUCAAAAACAGAAGGCUGGUCCAAAAACUUCAAACUUCUGCAGUCUCAGCUUCAAGUGAAGAAAGCAGCUCUCACUCAAGCAAAGAGCCAAAGGACAAAACAAAGUACAGUCCUUGCCCCAGUCAUUGAUCUAAAGCGAGGUGGCUCCUCAGAUGACCGGCAGAUUGUGGAUACACCACCACAUGUAGCAGCUGGCCUGAAGGACCCUGUACCCAGUGGGUUUUCUGCAGGGGAAGUUCUGAUUCCCUUAGCUGAUGAAUAUGAUCCUAUGUUUCCUAAUGAUUACGAGAAAGUAGUGAAGCGCCAAAGAGAGGAACGACAGAGGCAGCGGGAGCUGGAAAGACAGAAAGAAAUAGAAGAAAGGGAAAAGAGGCGUAAAGACAGACAUGAAGCUAGUGGGUUUUCAAGGCGACCAGAUCCAGAUUCUGAUGAGGAUGAAGAUUAUGAGCGAGAGAGGAGGAAAAGAAGUAUGGGAGGAGCUGCCAUCGCGCCACCCACUUCUCUUGUAGAGAAAGACAAAGAGCUACCCCGAGAUUUUCCUUAUGAAGAGGACUCAAGACCUCGAUCACAGUCUUCCAAAGCUGCUAUUCCUCCUCCAGUAUAUGAGGAACAGGAUAGACCGAGAUCUCCAACUGGGCCUAGCAACUCUUUCCUUGCUAACAUGGGUGGCACAGUAGCACAUAAGAUCAUGCAGAAGUAUGGCUUCCGGGAAGGCCAGGGUCUGGGGAAGCACGAGCAGGGGCUGAGCACCGCAUUGUCGGUGGAGAAGACCAGCAAGCGGGGCGGCAAGAUCAUUGUGGGUGAUGCCACGGAGAAGGGUGAGUCUCAGGAUGCAUCCAAGAAGUCGGAUUCAAAUCCAUUAACUGAAAUACUUAAGUGUCCUACUAAAGUGGUUCUGCUGAGGAAUAUGGUUGGUGCAGGAGAGGUAGAUGAAGACUUGGAAGUUGAAACCAAGGAAGAAUGUGAAAAAUAUGGCAAAGUUGGAAAAUGUGUGAUAUUUGAAAUUCCUGGUGCCCCUGAUGAUGAAGCAGUACGAAUAUUUUUAGAAUUUGAGAGAGUCGAAUCAGCAAUUAAAGCUGUUGUUGAUCUGAAUGGGAGGUAUUUUGGUGGCAGGGUGGUAAAAGCAUGUUUCUACAAUUUGGAUAAAUUCAGGGUCUUGGAUUUGGCGGAACAAGUUUGAUUUUAAGAACUAAAGUCAUCUCUGAUGAUCCUUAAAUGAUCUACAGACUGAGCAAAGACAGAAAAAGGCAAUGGCCUCUGACUGUUGAAUACUGAGACUCUUGGAAGGACUUCUAAGAUAUAUGUUGAUUGAUUUCUUUUUUAUUUUGUGAUUUUUUUAAUAUAGUAUAAAAAGCCUUUUAAAAAUUC